AAAGAAUUUGAAAAGUCGCCCCCAUGGUCCGUGCGCGCCAUAGAGAUCCUCGCUCACUUGUUAAGGCGACUGUUCGAUGCUUGUUGGUUUUCCAAAUCUGCUCUGAUUUCACCGCAAUCUAGCGGAAUUGAUUAGCAUCCCUUGAAUAACUGCCAUCCAGAGGGACUACUUCGAAUAGACAGUGUUGUUCAAAACAAUAAAACUUGACUGAAAGUCUGCUAAUCCUCAAAUCAUGAGGCAAAUAAUGCCUCUGAACGCUUCAAUAGGAUUAUGGCGAGCUUUUGGGGUGCAGAAAAGACAAGAUUGUUACUUUUGAGCAAUGAAGGAUAUAGGAUUUGUUCCUUGGAGGCACACCUUUUUGAAACCACGCUUGUUGCUAGUAAAAACACAAAUGGUUCUCGUUUUCCGCAUAAUUUCAGCGCUUCCACAAUCCAAGGGCUGUGAUAUAGCCAUUAAAUGCUACAUGUUUGUCGAAGUAUUGACACAUCCCUUGCAAAAGUUCAGAUGUAUGCUAAGAAUAUUGUUUAAGGGACGUAGAGUAGUCAAUAGCAUGUGGCAGUGUUCAGGUGUUUAUACAGUAUCAGAUGGGUUCACUAGGCUCGUCACCAGCCUGAGGACGAAGUUCAUGUGCACAUGCACAGGCUGGGACCAAACUUGA